CUGCGCCCUGAUUGGUCAGCGCACUGAUUCAAGCUCCGCCCCCUCCCCUUGCCCGUUGCUCUGAGCGAGCGAACAGUUGGCGUUUUUCUGCCGCUUUGCCAUCAAGUUGACAAGCAGAGGCUCAGGAAAAAGGACAAAAUGAGUCAUCUGAAAGAACGCUUUGUGACUCUGCUCCAUGAGAAAAACUUUGUCACCGACCAGUUGGCGGUGCUGGAAGAAAAAACGGGAGUGAAGAGAGAAUAUAUGACACUGGGUAUUCUCGCCUUCAUCACUCUCUACCUUCUGUUUGGAUAUGGAGCCUCACUGCUCUGCAACCUGAUCGGAUUCAUCUACCCAGCGUAUUUUUCCAUCAAGGCCAUUGAGAGCAACGUCAAGGAUGAUGACACCCAGUGGCUGACCUACUGGGUCGUUUAUGGACUGUUCAGCAUUGUUGAGGCCUUUUCUGACAUCUUCCUCUCCUGGUUCCCCUUUUACUAUUGUGGAAAAUGCAUUUUCCUGAUUUGGUGUAUGGCUCCAGUGACGUGGAACGGCUCUGACAUGUUGUACAAGCGGUUGAUCCGGCCAUUUUUUCUGAAACACCAGGCCACCAUGGACACGGUUGUCAGUGAUCUGACUUCCAAGGCCAAGAACAUUACAGAGACUGUGACAAAAGAGGCUGUUAACCAAGUUCUCAACUCUGACAAGAAUAAGUGAAAAGCAUAGACGCGGCUCUCCUAAUUGUAUGCGUGAAUGAUUGUGUGCACCUCCUUUUGAUCCUCCUUGAAGACGGAUAGCCGGUCGACCUGCACUUCAUGGAGACUGUGGCUUCUGUCUCUUCUAAAAACAAAUAAAAGAUUUGAGCAUCGGUACGUUGAAGACAGUCAAUGAAACUGUGACCUUUUUUGUGAACUUUCUCUGUUAUGAAGACUGCUUGGAAUAAGUUUAAGAAUAAAUCAGUUGUUUGCUUGCAUGUGGCUGCACUAUCAGUUUUGUGGGACAGGAUUAAUAUGUUGCACUAUAUUCAGACUUAAGAUAAAAAAAACAAACAAACAUCCAUCUGAACCCAUAUGUUGACAUUACUGAUUAAUUGGCAAGUAAAUGCAGUGGUAAAUCUAAGACAUCUCAGGAACAUUUUAAGUUUACUGGUCUUUAGCGCGAAAGCUUUUUGCCCUAUAAUGUAUUUAUAAUUGCCUUCUGUUGCGUUGAUAAUCUUGUCCUCUGUCUCCUUUCUCUCUUACUGUUAGACUUGAUUUAAUGUUAGAUAUUGGGAACAUUCCCAUUCUUUGACAUCAACUGGAAAAGCUCUUUUUAAACUGUCUUAAUUUAUUUCCCUUCAUUGAUUAAAAGAAAAACAAAACUGGAACACCGAUGAAACAAA